AUGAUCAUCCCUGUGCGUUGCUUCACUUUUGGCAAGAUCGGUGGCAACAAGUGGGAGGCCUACUUAGGGCUGUUGCAGGCCGAAUACAUGGAAGGGGAUGCCCUGGAUGCACUUUGCCUGAAGCGUUACUGCUGCUGCUGCAUGCUGCUUGCACAUGUGGACCUGAUUGAAAAGUUGCUCAACUAUGAAACCCUGGAGAAGUGA